UCUCGAUCUCGCGGACGUGAUGAUCGACCUAGAUCAAGGUCCCCUCGAGGUCGAAGUCAUGGAAGAAGUCAAAGAGAGGAUAGCUAUGAUGAUGAUCGCCAUGAAAGAACUGAAAAGCGAAGGGAUCGUGAAGAGAAACGUCAACGAGAGCAUUAUUCUGUAGCCCCAUCUGCAACUGUUGUUGUGAAGGGUCUCUCGCAGAAAACAACUGAAGAAGAUCUGUAUCAAAUCCUUGCUGAAUGGGGACCCCUUCGGCAUGUCCGUGUGAUCAAAGAACGAAAUUCUGGCAUUUCUCGUGGUUUUGCUUUUAUUGAUUUUCCUACUGUGGGAGCAGCACGGGCAAUGAUGGAUAGGAUUGGGGAUGAUGGUCUUGUUGUGGAUGGCAAGAAGCUCUGUUUUGAGUACAGCAGCAAGCCAACUGGGGGGACAGGUGGAUCUUUUGGUCAAGAAAGUGCUGGGAGGUCAGGUCAUGCUAAUCAUAAAAGCAUCAUGGUGCCAUCUGAUUGGAUGUGCAUUAUUUGUGGUUGCGUCAAUUUUGCACGACGAACAUCCUGCUUUCAGUGUAAUGAGCCGCGGACAGAGGAUGCUCCACCAGCAGAUAUGACUUUAUCAAAUCCUGCAUCAUUAGGAAAGAAAGGAUCAGAUGCAGGCCCUACUCAUGUUUUGGUCGUGCGUGGAUUAGAUGAAAAUGCUGAUGAGGAAAUGCUUCGCUAUGAGUUCUCCAAACAUGCUCCGAUUAAGGAUCUUCGUCUUGUCCGGGACAAGUUCACUCAUGUUUCAAGAGGAUUUGCAUUUGUACAUUUCCAUUCGGUAUGCAAUCUUUGCUCUAGUGGUAAGAUCUUAAGAGUGGCAUAUGCAAAGAGCAUUCUUGGUCCUGGAUCAGGGACAUCGGGAUCUUCACACUCCAGCAGCCUUGCGGCUGCUGCAAUUGAGGCAGCAGCAUUUUCUCAGCAGUAUGAUGCUGUUGGAUGGGCUCCAAAAGAAUAUAAUCCCGAUGACAAACAGUCCACUGGAGGACAAGAGCAAGGUGGUGCACAAGUGUCAGUUCAGAAAGAUGGUUCUGCCCCACAGUCUGGUUUUGUGUGGGAUGAAGCAUCCGGUUAUUACUAUGAUGCCGCUUCUGGAUUUUAUUACGACGGCAAUACAGGUCUUUAUUAUGAUGGUAACAGUGGGAUUUGGUAUUCAUAUGACCAUCAAUCACAGCAGUAUAUUCCUUGCACUGAGCAGAAUGAUAAGAAAGCUUCUGUCCAGCAAAAUGAACCUUCUAAAACAGAUGCUUCCAAUAAUAAGAAAGUAGUGAUUUCUGCACCAGCUGCUACUGUAACAUCAGUUGAGAAGGCAGCCUCCUUACCUGAUGCAGUUCAGGCUGCUGCAGCAGCAGCUAUUGCUGCAGAGAAAAAGGAGAAGGAGAAGGCAAAAGAAAUAAAGCUUGCUUCAAAGAGCAGUAUUCUGGCUAACAAGAAAAAAAUGAAUAAUGUAUUGACAAUGUGGAAGCAGAGGAGUCAUGAAGGUCAGGCAACUCGAUUGGCACUGGAUGACAAUCCACCAAGUGUUUCAGCUGAGGAUAGAUCCUUUUCAGUUGGACAGUCCACAAAGAACAAGUUAAAACCUGAUAUGCCGAAUGCAAAGGAGAAUACUUUGUCCAGUUGAGUUACUGCAACUACUGUAGCUGCACAGCCCAUAAGCAAUAGCUCAAGUGGCAUUUAGGGGGUCAUAAGAAGUUCUGGAAGGGGAUUGUGGAGUCAGAUGCAUCAUACUCGGGAUCAUCCACUUGUGAGACAUGUUGUCUUGAUGAAUUUCAAAGAUCGAGAUUUUGGAUUCCGAAAGGGUUCUUUGGAUCCAACACCAUUCCCUCCUGGUGUUGGUGGAGGACGUGGAAUUACAGCAGAAAAUGUUCAGAGUUAUGAAGUAAUUACAGCAGAUAAAGCAAUUGAUGAGAGCAACGUGGGUAACCGGAUGCUUCGUAGUAUGGGCUGGCACGAAGGCUCGGAAAAAGAUGGAAGUGGAAUGAUAGAGCCAGUGCAAGCACAAGCUGUGGAAAAUAGAGCGGGGCUGGGGAGUCAACAGAAAAAGGUUGAUCCAAGCCUUGAGGUGCAGGCAGGGGACAGUUACAAAACUCUUAUUCACAAGAAGGCGCUUGCUAGGUUCCGCGAGAUGUCGUAAGUAGACGAAAAUGAAACUCGCACCAUGAACAAAUGUCAUGGCUUGGUGUCAAUAUCUUACCGGGUGGAUGGACAUAGGCUAAAACUUGUUUAGAACUUGAAAUUGUGUGUAAGCCCAGAACUGGAUUUGUCUUACAUGCUUGCUUGCAACUGUCCUUUGUAGAAGAUAGGCUCUGUAGAUCAUGUAAAAACAAGACAGAAGAAUCUUCAGACUUAAAAAAUUUUUGUCUGCCUUUAUUGGGGAGAUAAUGUCGGAGCUUCCACCAUUUUUACAGAUUGGCUACUGUUAUUA